CAAGAUGGCGCGCGCUUCGCUCUCCAGGCGUUUAAGGUUAGCGAUUCUGAGUGUCUUGUGUUUUGUGCUCGUCCUGUACGUCAGACCACGCCCGCUGCUACUUACGCCCACGCCCGCGCUUACCAGAGUCGCUACAGAGAGGUAUGAAGAAGAACGGACCCCUCCAGCGGACGAGACCUUGACCACCGCCCCCGUAUUCGGCCACAACACCUCUCUGGCGGGACACGAGCUCGAGGAACAGCUGGUCCUCCUCGACCAACUCCUCCUCCUCAUGUCCAACGUCACCAAGCCAUGCAGGAAGCUCGUUCGACAAGGCGGGAAGCUGUGUCGAGGGAAGCUGGAUGGUGACAAGAAACUGUGUUUGGAUCCGAUCGUUCGCCCAACGCCCAAUAACUGUCUGGUGUAUUCGUUUGGCAUCGGCUAUGACUUUAGCUUCGAUGCUGCUAUGGGCAAAUAUGGCUGCCAAGUGUUUUCCUUCGACGAUGACAGCGCACAUGAGCUCUUAGACAGGAAUCCUUAUCCUAGAGUGAAAUUCCUUCGACUUCGCCUCGCAACUGGCAGGGGCGUGAAGGUAGAGCGAAGUUAUAACCCAAAGACGAAGAGCGAAUACAUCUACUUGUACCGUCCGCUCGAUAACAUCAUGUACCUUCUCGGUCACCAUGAAGCCAACGUCGAUGUUCUGAAGAUCGACGUCGACGGCCCUGAGUGGGAGAUCUUCGAGGAUUCGAUAUUCAAGACCGACAUUCUUGAACGCACAAGACAACUUUCCAUCGAGAUCCACCUGAGUGUGUUCCUGAAUCCGAAUUUAGACACCGGUCAUCCUCUCACCCGGACACUUCACAAGUACACGAGGGUGUUCAGAGGUUUAGAAGAUCGAGGGUUCCGCCUGACGCACCACGAACCUAAUCUUUUUUAUCCGAAGUUUGUUGUGUUCGCCAACAGGACUUUUAACACAUUUUAUGAAAUGUUGUUUGUAAAUACUCAUCUGAAAAAGAUGAAUAAGAGUGAACAUGUGGAAAUAAAUAACAUCAUCUUUCAGGAAUUAGAGUUUGAAUAGAAUAUGUGAAGUUUAAAGUAAAUAAAGG